GUGAGCAUCGCGUGUCGUCGGGGCGGCCGGCAGCGGCUGCUCCAGGGCCCAGCAUGCGCGGGAGGCCUCGCGGCCACCAUGUAUGUGGGCUAUGUGCUGGACAAGGAUUCUCCCGUGUACCCCGGCCCAGCCAGGCCCGCGAGUCUCGGCCUGGGGCCGCAAGCCUACGGCCCCCCGGCCCCGCCCCCCGCGGCCCCGCAGUACCCCGACUUCACUGGCUACUCUCACGUGGAGUCGGCCCCCGCGCCCCCCACGGCCUGGGGCGCGCCCUUCCCUGCGCCCAAGGACGACUGGGCCACCGCCUAUGGCCCGGGCCCCGCAGCCCCCGCCGCCAACCCAGCUUCGCUGGCGUUCGGGCCCCCUCCGGACUUUAGCCCGGUGUCCGCGCCCCCUGGGCCUGGCCCAGGCCUCCUGGCACAGCCCCUCGGCGGCCCAGGCUCACCGUCCUCGCCUGGAGCGCAGAGGCGGACGCCCUACGAGUGGAUGCGGCGCAGCGUGGUGGCUGGAGGUGGCGGUGGCAGUGGUAAGACUCGGACCAAGGACAAGUACCGUGUGGUCUACACCGACCACCAGCGCCUGGAGCUGGAGAAAGAGUUUCAUUAUAGCCGUUAUAUCACCAUCCGGCGGAAAUCAGAGCUGGCCACCAAUCUGGGGCUUACUGAACGGCAGGUGAAGAUCUGGUUCCAGAACAGGCGGGCAAAGGAGCGCAAAGUGAACAAGAAGAAGCAGCAGCAGCAACAACAGCCUCCACAGGCACCAGCAGCCCACAAUGUCACCCCCACCCCCGCCGGGUCAGCUCUUGGGGGCCUGUGCCCCAGCAACACCAGUCUCCUGAGCACAUCCUCCCCAAUGCCCGUUAAAGAGGAGUUUCUACCAUAGCCCUGUGCCCAGCUUUGUGGACCAGGGGACCUGGGGACUCAGGUGCUGGGAAUGGGCUCCGGUGGGGAGUCUGAGUCCCAGCCCUGCCCCAUCCUUCUGGGUCACUGUGGAUAAGUCACCCCCAUCUCCCACUGCAUCCCCUUGGCCCAUCUGUACCAGUGAGCCUGUUGGAUAAGGACCUCUUACAUCUCCUAUGUUCUAGACUCCAGGGUGAGAGGUCUCAAUCUCUUGGGGGCACUUUAAUCCUCAGAGGGCUGGGGGAGGAGCUGGGACAGUGCACCAGGCCCCACUUCCUUCAAGGGGUGGGGUGGGAGGCUACUGUAGGGACACACCCGCACCUGA